AUGUCAUUUUCUGAAGCCUUUUGUGGUUAUGCCGAAGAUGACGAUGAAGAGGAAGAUGAUGACAAAAACACUGUUGGUGAAAAAAAGAAAAUUAACAACAUUGGUCAUGAACAUGUUCGUGAUGAAGAAAUAGAAGAUGAUUUUGUGACGGAAAUUGGUGGAAAUGACCUUUCACAAAUUGAUCACGCUAUUGGAAUUGCUGGCAGAAGAAGAAAUUCAUCACCGGCAUAUAUUGGUGGUGGGCCAACUCCUGGCAACGUUAAUAUCCAUAGCGGUGGUAGAUCACUAACUGGUAUAAAAAUGUUAUGUGCUACCUCACCUGAUGAAAUAAAUGAUGAUAGUAGCAGUGAUUCUGAUAAAGUUCAUAAUCCCGUUAAUAGCCCGAGCGGUUUUGAACGUGGCGAAAAUACUGGUUCUAUUGGUCACGGUAGCACUAUAGAUGACUAUCUUCAUAUUGAUGGAUUUUCUUACGAGCACAAGAAAGAACAAAAUGUAAAUGAUACAAAUGGCGCCACCACUGCUACUAGUAUAAUAGUUACCACUCCACCAACUGCAACAGCGACGAUACUUAAUUUACGCUCUGCCACAACCCUUAAAGAUUUAGAAGAAGAAAAAUACACUAAAAGAGUUUCUUGGAGUACAAUGUCUUCGGUUGGUGGCGUUGAAGAACUUCACAAUAAUAGUGGAAGUAAUAACCAUAAUGUUGGAAGCAGUAGCAAAAGUAACGAUAAUACCAAUAACGAUAUUCUG